UAUGAGCUGGUGGGGUAUUGGGUCACUGUCCGUGUGGGGCUUAUAGGACAGGCUUUGAUGACAGGCAGAUGUCUGAAAGACUGAGUGAUGGGUUGAUUCCUUGCUAUGACAAAGCAAACUUGCAGGAGAGGAUAGUAAUGUUACUGUGGAUCUGAAGUCUCUCAAGAAAAUGUCAUCUGAAAUGUCGAGGUGUGGUGUUCGCACAGCGGUGCCUUGAAUUAAGCUUCAGUUGUGUUUAUGCCUCAUACACAGUCAGCUGCAUCGAAACCAGAGGGCCUGAUCCAAGAGCUGGAAGGAGGUGGCUCAUCAAGAGACCCGAGAGCAAGGUGGCUUCUUGCAGCCUCAAAAGUAAGAGCGGAGUUGCAAGUCAUGAUGAUACCAAAAGGAACUGAUGGUUUUGGAGGAGCAGAAUUGGAGUUGAGGAAACAAGCUGAAACCUUUGGAAGCUUCCCUACUGAAGUAAGGCACGACUUAAAACUGCACCUCCAGAGCACAGACUAUGGGAACUUCCUGGCCAAUGAAGCCUCCCCGCUCACCGUCUCUGUCAUAGACGACAAGCUGAAGGAGAAGAUGGUGGUGGAGUUUCGUCACAUGAGGAACCAUGCAUAUGAGCCCCUAGCAAGUUUUCUGGACUUCAUCACGUACAGCUACAUGAUUGACAACGUCAUUCUGCUGAUCACUGGGACCCUGCACCAGCGUUCAAUCUCCGAACUGGUGCCCAAGUGCCAUCCUCUGGGAAGUUUCGAGCAGAUGGAAGCCGUGAACAUUGCUCAGACGCCUGCAGAGCUCUACAAUGCAAUCCUGGUGGACACUCCCCUGGCUGCUUUCUUCCAAGACUGCAUAUCUGAACAGGACCUGGAUGAAAUGAACAUUGAAAUCAUUCGAAACACACUGUAUAAGGCUUACCUGGAGUCCUUCUACAAGUUCUGCAAGGUGCUGGGAGGUACCACAGCAGAUGCCAUGUGCCCGAUCCUGGAGUUCGAAGCUGACCGGAGGGCCUUCAUUAUCACCAUUAACUCAUUUGGUACUGAGCUGUCCAAGGAGGACCGAGCAAAGCUGUUCCCACACUGUGGCAAACUCUACCCUGAGGGCCUGGCUCAGCUGGCCAGAGCAGAUGACUACGAACAAGUCAAAAAUGUUGCUGACUACUACCCUGAGUACAAGCUGCUGUUUGAAGGGGCUGGCAGCAACCCUGGAGACAAGACUCUUGAAGACAGGUUUUUUGAGCAUGAGGUGAAGUUGAACAAGCUGGCCUUCCUCAACCAAUUCCACUUUGGAGUCUUCUACGCCUUCGUAAAGCUGAAGGAGCAGGAGUGCCGUAACAUUGUGUGGAUCGCAGAGUGCAUCGCUCAGCGGCACAGGACCAAGAUCGACAACUACAUUCCCAUCUUCUAACCCUGCUCUGCUCCUGUCCGACCCUCCCGCCCCUGGAGUCCAGAGGGACCCCUGUCUAACUCCCUGAAUUACCCCUUGCCCAGACUCCAGGGAUGUCCCAUCUGUGGAACUGGCUCAGAUGAGGAAACUGUACAGUUGCUAGUUAAAUUAUUCACAAGCUGAAGUUUGUGUGUGCUGUGAGGGGUCCGGAGGGACCAGUGGCACAGGCUUGGCCCUGUGUAGCAGGAGGGACACCUCCUGUUGUGUAUCUAAUAGUCCCCAUGUUACUGUACUAAUCCACUGUAUGCGCUUAGGCUCAUAGAGCAAGCACCAGCCGGGGGAUUGCUGCCUCCGAGAGGUUCCCACUGCCGCAGAGGAAUGCAUCGGGUCUGCCGUGGCUGGGGAUCCUCUCUGUCAGUGCUCUGUGCGCCUCCUAGUCAGUGUUGUUCCUGUGAGAUUUAGUUUGUGAUUUGUAGCGUAGCCCAUGCUGCUGUGCAAUCCCUGCAUCCCCCUGUAGCUAACCCUGACCUGGGAGAGACUGGGCAGCCCUGGCCAGGACUGGGAAUGCGAGGGCAGAGCCAGAUCUCCAGCACCAUUUGCACUAGCGCAGCUUUGCCAUGUCCUCAGAAGCGAGUCUCAUCAGCCUCCCCUCUGCCCUGCAGCUUGAAAGGGCUCUGUAAGCUGGCUGAGCUCCUUCCUCCUCUGAAAACCCACAACCAUCCAAGAGUCGGGGCUCCUCUUGGCUCUGUGGAUGGUGCUGGACCCCUGCACCCCCCGGUGCAGACAUCCAGGCUGGUGCAGCCUCCUCCCCUGCGCGGGGCAUCUGGACUGGCACGGCCGUGCAGCUGUACGGACACAGCUGGCUGUUGGGCAGGGCAGCCCUCAGAUCAGGCUCCACGUUGUCACCUGGAUGAGUACAGAGGGGGGCCAGUGGCAGAAAUGUCCCACGCCCCGUCCAGGCCCUGCUUGUCUGUGGUUAGGGGGUGGGAGCCAAGCCCUUGGCAUGGUGUGGCAGCCCUGCUCCUGGCUGCCAGCUCCCACUGGCACUUGAGAUCUGGGAGAUGCCCCGGGCUGGUGUGGCAGUGGGGAAGCCUUGCCGGUGGGAAACACGUGCUUGGUGCUGCUGCUGGGAGGGAUGGAUGGAGAGCGGCUCUGUCCCAGCUUGUGCUGUGGUCACCUCUGCGGUGUUUGUUAUGCCAUGACCCCCUCCUCUCUACACCAAUAAAUACCUGCCUAUUGCA